AUGGAUGAAUUUACCAUCAAAGUCAUCGGUCAGAUAAUCGAGUUCUUCCUCAACAUCCCCGCGUUCUGGCUGAGCGUCAAAUUUCUUCAAGCCUUGUAUAAAACCAAUCUAUUUUUGACGAAUCAAAAGUAUUACGUUGGAACAAUUGUGCUGUCAGGGAUUGUUACGGUUGUUACAAAGUAAGCAGCAGCUUUCGGUGGCUCCAAUAGGUUUGUUUUUUGCGUUAAAUCCUUUUUUUCCAGGGUCUUCCUCCGGAUUCAAGAGCAUUUCAUAAAAUACCCCGACCUUGUUUCGCUCUUACUUGGCUAUGUUCAUAACCUGGCUGAUAGCGUCAUACUCAACAUGCUCAUUCAAAUCAUGAUCUUUGUGGACUGCUUUUACUCUACAGUGCAACCAAAUGAUAUCAGAAAGGAGACAACGAUUUCCAUCUGCGUUUUAUUGGUACGUCUUAGAUGCCAUGCAUCGCGUUAACUAUUAUACAUACAUAUAUUUUUUUAUCGAUUUUCUUUCAGUCCGUGAUUUCAUUCUUCCAUCAACGACUGGGUGAAGGCGCCAUGACUUUUGCCUUACUGGGAUUCCUCAAUUUUAUUUGUUGGCUGACGGUGAUUGGAUUAAUUUUGAUUGGAAGAUUCAGAUACAAACAUCAAGCCGUUGGUGAUAUUAAGGAGAAAUAUAGAGUAGGUUUUGGUUGCCAGUAAUAUAAUGGUUAAAAGGCCGUUCAACAAAGGGCAUAGUUGAUCCAACGUUUUGUCAAAAAAUCAAGUAGCAGUAAGGUUAUUAAUUUAAUCAAGUAGCAGUUAGGUUAAGUAGCAGUUAGGAGAGUAAGGUUAGGAUUACUAAACUCGGUCUGAAAAAGAAAGGAUCCCAAAUCUAACGCUCAGUUUUUCUUUACAUUAGGACACUGCAUAGUUUAAACCCUUGAGGUCUUACCCGGCGCUUUGCAGAGCCCCAGGUUCAACGGUCUUCUAAGGCAAGCGCAAAUGCCGAGUGAGCUAACAAAAGUGGUCUAUGUGGUCUACUAAAGCCGUCAUGGUCGAGCGUUUUUUUUUCAGAUAGUUGUCUCUCUCCGGACCUUGGCCGUUCUAAAGCCCUUGGCGAUUCUUAGUGCUCUCCGCAACUUUAUACUGGAUACAACUCUAUUGCUUUUGCAUUUGUAAGUUUUUUGGUAACAUAUGGAACACUGUUGGCUUUACGUGAAAUUCUGACAUGAAAUUUCCGUUCCAGAGAAGUCACCCCCAAGAACACGGCCGUUGGCUUUAUUUACGCGUACACCAUGACAUUCUACACCCUUUUUUGUCCCAUUGUCAUGAUCAAAAACCACGACGAGCUGAAGAAAAUCUUUGGGAUUUAUCGUCAGGUGGAAGACAGUGUGUCAACGAAAGCUUCGGUUACUCAGGAAGACAAGUUUAUCCCGAAAAAUGUGGUCGGGGAAUGUUUGAGGGUACCCAAUGAAAGGGACCAUCAUUUCAAGCAAAUCACUUCGAAUUGGAACGCAAUGGCUGUGCAGAGGGAGAGCACCAUUCAUACUGUGACUGUCAUAGAUCUGUAA